AUGAUUGUCGGCUGGCUCGAUGUCAUUUGCAACUAUGACGUUGACAUUGUUCACCUUCCUGGUAUUCAAAAUGUGCUGCCGGACCGUCUUUCUCGUCUUUUUGCUCCACAAGAGACAUCGCUGACGCUGGAGGGGGGUAAUUCCCAAUUUAAGUCACCCUUUGCACACAGCAUUUCCCACGCAGCCACAAAGCUCAUGCAUCGGUUGUUCAAGCCAACGGAAAUGAUUACACCACCCGAGGAAGAACGUACCAAGUUACUCGAACAAUCCCAUUUGAAUGGCCAUUUCGGUGCUGACGCCAUAGUGAAUGACCUUCACGACAAUGGUAUCUUCUGGACCAAUAUGAAAGAUGACGCCUUGAAGCAUGUCGGCAGUUGUCUCCCUUGCCAACGCUACAACAUUGGUAAACAUGGAUACCAUCCAUUGCGGAGCAUCAACGCUGAUGGACCUGGUGAUCAUUGGGCUAUUGAUCUUUGUGAAUUACACUGCACCACUCCUUCUGGCAACAACUACAUUCUCGUUAUGGUUGAUGUCUUUACUCGUUUUUGCGUUUUACGCCCUAUUCGCUUUAAAUCAGCCAUUGACAUCGUUAAAGAGCUUUCUUCGGUCUUCAGCCUUUUCGGUUAUCCAAAGAUCAUACAAAGCGACAACGGUAGCGAGUUCAAAAACAACUUUGUCCACCUUCUUUCCAAACACACUGGCAUGGAUCAUCGCCUUGUUACACCAUAUCAUCCUCGAGCCAACGGCUUAGCUGAACGUAUGGUUGAAACGGUUAAGACGGCACUCUUCAAACGCUUAGAGGGCAGACCUGAAACGUGGGAUUUAUACCUUGAUAGUACCAUGUACGCAAUCAAUACCAAACACCACUCUGAUCUCAAGACUCGUCCCUUCGCUUUGAUGUUUGCUCGUCAACCCAAUGCAAUGCGUGAUUAUUCCCAAGGCAAAUCAGCCAAUCCUGCCGAAGUCACAAAAUCCAUCAUGAAACGUAUGAAGGAAAUGGAAGAUAUCGUCAUCCCUGGUAUCCACGAAGGUCGUAAAGCUCGCAACGAAGUCACCAAAACACGCUACAACAAGACGCAUCGCAUGCACAAAGACAUUCCUAUUGGUAGCCAAGUCAUGAUUGUCAACGUCAAUCGUAGCUCCAAGACCGAUCCAAUUUAUGACGGACCGUACAUCGUGCAUUUCAGGACACCCAAAGGCAACUAUGUUUUACGUGACAAGAUGGGCAAGCUCCUACAGCGUAACAUUCCUCCGCAUCAAGUUAAACGUGUCUCAGAUGAUCCUAAAGCGGAUGGUGACACUUUUUAUGAAUUCGAAGCUAUUGUCGAUCACCGUUCGCAUGCACAACACGGCUAUCCAGAAUAUCGUGUGCAUUGGCGAGGCUACAGCGAUGAGGACGACACAUGGGAACCAGCUGAAAACUUUAGCGAUAUCUCAGCUAUCAACGCCUAUAUCAAACGUCGUUUUCCAAAUGGUAUUCCAUCAGAUGACCCAUUUUACGCUGCCGCACCAAACAAUGACGGUGCACGAGCCACCAAACGCAGACGCACAGACACAUCACGACGCACUUAA